GGAGCCUGGCGCCGCGGGUCGCGCCCAGGGCCAGCCGGCGGGGUGGAUGAGGUUGAUGCUCCUCUGCUGCACCUGGAGGGACGAGCCUAUGGGAGAGGACGAAGGAAGCGACCUGCCUGUAUGUGCAAGCUGUGGCCACAGUAUCUACGAUGGGCAAUACCUCCAGGCCCUGAACGCUGACUGGCAUGCCGACUGCUUCAGGUGCUGUGAGUGCGGGGUCCUGCUGUCCCACCAGUACUACGAGAAGGAUGGGCGCCUCUACUGCAAGAAGGACUAUUGGGCCAGGUUCGGGGAGCUGUGCCACGGCUGCUCGGAGCAGAUCACCAAGGGGCUGGUCAUGGUGGCUGCGGAGCAGAAAUACACCCCGGAGUGCUUCAGCUGCUCAGCUGCCGCGGUGUUCAUCGGUGACGGCGAGCAGCACUACGCCCGCCGGGAGCGCUCCAAGCUUCCUACUUGCAAUCAUCACUCAUCAGGGCCCACCGCAAAACAGCAGUGCAAGAUGUCCCGCAGCGGGCACUGCUACUACCAGAUGGUGGUGACCCCGGUGAUAGAGCAGAUCCUGCCGGACUCCCCGGGCACCCGGAUCCCACACACUGUCACACUGGUGUCCAUCCCAGCCUGCAGCGACGGGAAGCGAGGGCUCUCUGUGUCCAUUGACCAGCACUGCAGCUCCCAGGACUGUGGCUCAGAACACUCCCACACGGUCCGGGUCCGAGAAGUGGACCCUGACUGCAUCAGCCCCGACAUGAAGAACUCCAUCCACGUUGGGGACCGUAUCCUGGAGAUCAACGGCACCCCUAUCAGGCACGUUCCGCUGGACGAGAUUGACCUGCUGAUCCAGGAGACCAGCCGCCUCCUCCAGCUGACCAUAGAACACGACCCCCACGAGGUGGUGGCCCGAGAGUCGGCGCUGGAGAGCAGCCCCCUCGCCGACCUGCACAGCCCCCCGCGCUCGCCGGCCUGCAUGCCUGGCGGUGAGGCCAGCGCCAUCAGCCAGAGGCCAGUCAUGAGGAGCUGCAGCAUCGACAAGUCCCCGUGCUCCAGCUCCUUGGGCUCCCCUGCCUCCCAGCGCAAGGACAUCAGCCGCUCCGAGUCACUCCGCGUCGUCUCCCGCACGCACCGCAUUUUCCGUCCCUCAGACUUGAUUCACGGCGAGGUGCUGGGGAAGGGCUGCUUUGGACAGGCCAUUAAGGUGACGCACCGGGAGACAGGUGAGGUGAUGGUCAUGAAGGAACUGAUCCGCUUUGAUGAGGAGACCCAGAGGGCAUUCCUCAAAGAGGUGAAAGUGAUGCGGUGCCUAGAGCACCCCAAUGUGCUGAAGUUUAUCGGGGUGCUGUACAAGGACAAGAGGUUGAAUUUCAUCACAGAAUACAUCAAGGGGGGGACCCUACGAGGCAUCAUAAAGAGCAUGGACAGCCAGUACCCAUGGAGCCAGCGCGUGAGCUUUGCCAAGGACAUUGCAUCUGGCAUGGCCUAUCUGCACUCGAUGAACAUCAUCCAUCGUGAUCUCAACUCUCACAACUGCCUGGUGCGGGAGAACAGGAGCGUGGUGGUGGCCGACUUCGGGCUGGCCCGGCUCAUGGUGGAUGAAAAGAACCAGCCUGAGCAGCUCAAGAACCUGAAAAAACCAGACCGCAAGAAGCGCUACACGGUGGUGGGGAACCCCUACUGGAUGGCCCCGGAGAUGAUCAAUGGCAGGAGCUACGAUGAGAAAGUCGACAUCUUCUCGUUUGGCAUUCUCUUGUGCGAGAUCAUCGGCCGGGUCAGCGCCGACCCCGACUACCUGCCCAGGACCAUGGACUUUGGCCUCAACGUGCGAGGAUUCCUGGAGCGAUACUGCCCUCCUGCCUGCCCCCCGAGCUUCUUUCCCAUCGCCGUGCGCUGCUGCGACCUGGACCCUGAGAAGAGGCCCUCCUUCCCCAAGCUGGCGCAGUGGCUGGAAGCACUGCACAUGCACCUGGAGAUCCACCUGCCACUGAGCUCGCAGCUGGAGCAGCUGGAUCGGGCCUUCUGGGACUCGUACCGGCGGGGUGAGGGCGGGCUGCCCAUGCACCCCGAGGUCCCUGACUGAGCACCAGGUCGCAGGCAGCAGCCAGCCCCUGGCGUGGGGGAAGAGCUCUCACACGCUCCUCCCUCACACUCACAGCGCAUGGGGAGCACAGCCCAGAGGGCAAGCACUGCCCCCUCCUGCCACUGCCCCCCCCCAGGGCUGGAUCUCUGGGGUGCCUCAGCAGCAGCUGGUGGCCGAGCCCUCUCGGCAAGGCCAGUUUGGUUGCUACCCUUGCCGUGUUUGCCGUUCAGUUCCCUCGGGGGAGCCAGCCCUCCCCACCCACUGCACUUUCCCUGCAUCCCUGCCCAUGGCCCCCACGGGACGGGACAGCAGCAAACCGCUGGUCCUGAAUGUACAUAGCCCCUCCCCAUGCGGAGCCUGCGGCCAGGAAGGGGCCCCUCAGCAUGCUGGGUGUGCGGCAGCCUGCCAUGCGGCAGGACCUGCAGGGGCUGAGCGCAGCCUGCAGCUCCACUCCCCCACUCCUUGGGGAGCCACCUGCCUGCACAACCCUUUGCACACUCCUCAGAGGGUGAGGGGCACUGACUCACUCCGACCCCAGGCUCUGCCCCAGUGGCUGGGGGGCACUGGGCCUCACUCAGAGCCUGAAGGGUGCCCCGGCCUUCCCCCAUGCAGCCGCUUGGCCUGUCAAAGUGGUGCCUUGGGUUUGUGAACUUGCACUGCAAAGCUGAAGGGUUCUCUGAGCCCGUGGGAGCUCAGCGGCGCUCUGCAGGCAGGCGUGUGCAUGUGUGUUAUGGGGUGCAUGUGCAAGUCAGGCGUGUGUCUCUCUGAUGGUGCCGAGAGGGAGGGUGUUGCUUCAGGGCUGGGUGCCUCUGAUCCCAGUAGAUAACUGUUGCAAUGCCCCCUCAUAGAGAUGGCUGGGGGUCCCACAAACUCUUUCUUUUCCAUUUCGGGGUCCCUGUGUGUCAUUCCCCCCUCACCCUCUCCUCCCUGGGCCUACAGCGGCCAUCUCUUUGCUAGUGCUUAGUUCAGUGCAAGAACACCUUGGCAUGAGGCCAGCUGGAUCAGAGAAGGGGACCUGGGCCCUCCAGCAGAGGGGAGCACUCCCAGAGGGGGUCUGAUCCCAUUCCUGCCCUGCUGGCAGGCUGCCGGGGCCUCUGCUCUCCCCUACCACAUCCCCUCUCAUUAAACAUCUCCCAGCUCUGCUCAGGGGCCGUGGUCUCUCUUGUGCCCUGGUGUUCUAGGAGCCAGCUCCCCUCUCUCUAGGACUGCACUGUGUAUCUCCCGGGCCAUCACACUCCCUGCUUCCGUGUUCACGCCACGUCUGCCUGAGGUCCCAGAUGCAGAGCCCAAGCCAGAGGGACAGGAGCCCUCCUGGGUGACUGGCUGUGGAGCUCCCCCAGCCAAAUUCCUGUUGAGCAGGGGUGAGGCACCCGCCGGCGUGAGUUCUGCGGGGUAGGAGCAUGGCUACACUCUGGGUGUGUCUCUUGUGUGGCAGUGUCUUGCCUGUGUGCGUGAGAAGGAGAGAGUAUGUGCUGGGAGUCCCUUGAAGGGGGCGCAACGCCCUGCACAUGUGGCUGGAGCGUCUCUUCUCCCGUAACUGUCCAGUGAUGUGCAUCUCUCUGUUGCAGCGUAUAUGACUUCUGCUCCCUUCACGUGGCUGCUAAUGUGUCCCUCUAUGGAGGGUGUACGCCCCCGCCCCCACUCCCAUUUGUCACAAACCCACAGCUCUGGGUUUUCUGAACCAGGGGAGAGGGUGUGGGGGAACACAGCUGGUUUCAUUUCCUUUCCCACCCACUACAAAGGCUCCAUGAGGGGGCUGCUGACCCGUUGCCCAGCACCAGGCGGGGUCUCUGUGGGAAAGCACUGGCAGAGGGGCUCUGGUCUGGAGAGCACCCCCCGGUGGUUUUUGCAGUGCGGUGCUGUUCAUGCUACGUUUAUUCAGGUUAAUUUUCUGUAAUAUAUUUAAAGAGAAGAGUUUGUAUUAUUUUUUCAUAUGGCUGCCAUGGCGAUUUGGAGUUUGCCAUUGUCACUCUGCCUCAGUUCUGCUUACAGGAAGCAUUCAAACUGUGAAGCGUCUCUGCGCACUUUUACUUGGAAGUAAAACCGAUGUCCUCGGAGGCGGGAAGGAGAAUUCUCAAACUGUGAUGUAACAAGUCAUGACUCAAUAAAUCCAGUCCUUCCC